UCUGCAUCAUGUGACAGCAGCGGUCACAUGACCCGGUAAUGUCACGCAGACUCCACUGCUGCACCGGAAGCAGCCUGUGAUUAGCGUCGUGUCUCCAUGCCAACAGUGCGGGCGCGGGGAGCAACGUGCAGGAAGCUGCGUCCUUGGCGGGAGACUGGAACGCUGCUGCCGUCACACGGACGGGAUAAUCCUUGAUAAUGGAGUUCAAGCGCAAGCAGGCAGUGUCUGCAUCUUCCCAGGCCAAGAAGAAAAAAUCAGACUGGGAUGAUGACGGCCCCUCUAAUUUUGAGGAGGAACUGGCAUUCCUCGAUGAGGUUGAAGCGGACAUGGCCAUGGAGAUGAGUGAAGGCUAUUCCAAUGCAGAGGUGUUGCCGGUUGAUAAACUCUCGGACAACAUUUCCCCGAAAUGGCUCAGGCCUCUGCUUCCCCAGACUGAUCCCCAGAAGGAUUCUUUGUGCAUUCAUCAGAUUGAGUUGGACCAUUAUGUGGGCUCGCAUGUGUCCGGGAUGCUCGGUGCUACACAAGGACCUGUCCCCAUCAUACGGAUGUUUGGGAUCACAGCCCAUGGGAACAGCGUAUGCUGCCACAUUCACGGCUUUGCCCCAUAUUUCUAUGUACCAUGCCAGACUGGGUUCAAGCAGGAGCACCUCAGCGACUUCAAGAAGGAGCUGAACAAUGCUGUGAUCAAGGACAUGCGUUCUAACAAGGACAACCUAUCGCAGGCAGUCCUGGCUGUGGAUAUCUGCAUGAAGGAGAAUAUGUACGGGUACCAUGGGAAGCGAAUUAUUGCUUUUCUGAAGAUCACGAUGGCUCUGCCGCGUCUUAUUGCACCUGCCAAGCGUCUUCUAGAGCAGGGCAUACGCUGUGGGAACUUUCCAUUGCAUUGCUAUCAGGCCUAUGAAGCCAACAUUGACUUUGAAAUCAGGUUUAUGGUGGACAAUGAUAUUGUCGGGUGUAAUUGGAUUGAGCUCCCGCCCGGUAAAUACCAUAUUCGUAAUGAAUAUCAAGGAGGGGAGUACAGUAAAGACGAUCCCAGCAAGGUGUCCCUUGUCCAGCUGGAGGUUGAUAUAAGCUGGUCAGAUCUCCUCAGUCACCCUGCAGAAGGAGAGUGGCAGAAGAUAGCGCCUCUUCGUGUCCUCAGUUUUGAUAUUGAAUGUGCUGGUAGAAAAGGUGUGUUCCCUGAGCCUGACAAAGAUCCUGUAAUCCAGAUCUCCAACAUGGUGUUGCGGCAGGGGGAGAAGGACCCAUUUAUACGCAAUGUUUUCACUCUGGGCACCUGUUCUAGUAUUGUAGGCUCACAGGUGCUUUGCUUUGAGAAGGAAAAUGCCCUUCUAAAGGCCUGGUCAGAGUUUGUGCGCAUCAUAGAUCCAGAUAUUAUAACCGGCUACAACAUUCAGAAUUUUGACUUGCCGUAUCUUAUCAACCGAGCGCAGACACUGAAGGUCAGCACGUUCCCCUUCCUGGGAAGAAUUCGGAGCAUGAAGUCCGUUAUCCGGGAUUCUUCCUUCCAAUCCAAACAGAUGGGGAGACGGGAAAACAAAGUCAUCAACAUUGAGGGCCGCGUUCAGUUUGAUCUGCUGCAGGUUCUCCUGAGAGAUUACAAGCUGCGCUCCUAUACGCUGAAUGCUGUUAGCUUCCACUUCCUGCAGGAACAGAAGGAGGACGUCCAGCACUCCAUCAUUACUGACCUGCAGAAUGGCAAUGAACAGACCCGGCGGCGGCUUGCUGUGUACUGCCUGAAGGACGCCUAUCUGCCACUGCGUCUUUUGGAGAAGCUCAUGUGUGUUAUCAAUUACAUGGAGAUGGCACGUGUGACUGGCGUGCCGCUCAAUUACCUGUUAUCCCGCGGGCAGCAAAUCAAGGUGGUCUCGCAGCUUCUCAGACAGGCCAUGAAGCAAGAUCUGGUGAUGCCGGUGGUAAAAUUAGAAGGUGGUGAGGAUUACACUGGAGCCACAGUUAUCGAGCCUGUGAAAGGGUAUUAUGAUGUCCCUAUUGCGACUCUAGAUUUUUCCUCGCUGUAUCCUUCGAUCAUGAUGGCGCACAAUCUCUGCUAUACAACCCUGCUGCAAUCUGGAUCCAUUGAAAAAUACGGCCUCAAUCCUGAAGAUUUCAUCAAGACCCCAACAGGUGAUCACUUUGUAAAGACAAGCGUACGGAAGGGGCUGCUCCCUGAGAUCUUGGAGAACCUCUUAUCUGCCCGAAAGCGGGCAAAAGCAGAACUGAAGAAGGAGACUGAUCCCUUUAAGCAGAAGGUGUUGGAUGGUCGUCAGCUGGCGCUGAAAGUCAGCGCCAACUCCGUGUAUGGGUUUACGGGGGCACAAGUUGGCAAGUUGCCCUGUCUGGAAAUCUCACAGAGUGUGACUGGUUUCGGGAGGCAGAUGAUAGAGAAAACAAAACAGCUGGUGGAAUCUAAAUACACGCUUGCCAAUGGAUACAAGGCAGAUGCCAAGGUCAUCUAUGGUGAUACAGACUCUGUGAUGUGCAAACUGGGGGUACAGACCGUGGCAGAAAGCAUGGAGGUAGGACGAGAGGCUGCCGAAUGGGUCUCCAGUCACUUCACCCCUCCCAUUAAGCUGGAGUUUGAGAAGGUAUAUUUUCCUUACCUUCUGAUCAAUAAGAAGAGAUAUGCUGGCCUGUACUUCUCAUCCAGUGCAGACACCCAUGAUAAAAUGGAUUGUAAGGGAAUAGAAACUGUGAGGAGGGAUAACUGCCCUCUAGUGGCCAAUCUCAUCAACACUUGCUUGCAGAAAAUCCUGAUUGACAGAGAUCCAUUGGGAGCUGUAGAACACGCCAAAGACGUGAUAUCGGAUUUGCUCUGUAAUCGGAUAGAUAUCUCCCAGCUGGUGAUUACAAAGGAGCUGACCCGCACUGCGGAAGAGUAUGCAGGGAAACAGGCGCACGUGGAGCUGGCAGAGAGAAUGCGAAAGAGAGACGCAGGUAGUGCCCCCAAUUUAGGAGACAGAGUGCCAUAUGUGAUCAUUGGGGCUGCCAAAGGCGUGGCUGCAUACAUGAAGUCUGAGGACCCGAUCUAUGUACUAGAGAAUAACAUUCCCAUUGACACACAGUAUUAUUUGGAGCAGCAGCUGGCAAAACCACUGCUGAGAAUCUUUGAACCCAUCCUAGGGGAGACCAAGGCUGAGAGUGUGCUACUGAAAGGAGAACACACCCGCUGCAAGACUGUCCUGACCUCCAAGGUUGGGGGUCUAAUGGCUUUUGCCAAGAAGCGCAGCACCUGCAUUGGAUGCAAAGCCGCACUAAAUCAUGACGGUGCUGUUUGUAACUACUGCAAGAAGAGGGAGUCGGAGCUGCACCAGAAAGAGAUCUCUCAUCUGGGUUCCCUGGAGGAGAAGUUCUCUCGUCUGUGGACUCAGUGCCAGCGCUGUCAGGGAAGUCUGCAUGAGGAUGUCCUGUGUACUAGCCGCGAUUGCCCCAUAUUCUACAUGAGAAAGAAGGUGCAGAAAGACCUUGAUGACCAGGAGAAGCUGGUCCUACGCUUUGGACCCCCUGCCUGGUAAUGGUCACCACAUCCCUGGGGAACAAGAAAGUGGACGCACACCUAUAGCUGGCUGGGUCAAAAGUCGCCACCUUUUCUACCAAAUGAGGAGAAAUCCAAUUUAUUUCAGGUGAAGGAAAUGGCGUCAGAAGGCUAUUACACUGCUGGAUGCUCCUACGGGUUUCAGCCAGAACCUAUUGAUUUUGAAUUCAGUUUGGGGUGUUUUACCUACAUCGGAGUAAGUCGCACCCCAUCCUUGCCAGCCAAUGAACUGCCAGUGCUGACUGUUACUAUGACACUGAAUAUAAUAUGUGAAGACUUUUUUAUGUUUUUGUACCAAUAUUAAAUAAAGAAAAUUAAUGUUUAGUUUA